AUGAUAUUCCUGUUUCCUCAAUUUCGUGUAGCAGCUAUCUUCUCCGGGAGAGAUGAUCUUCCUGUUUUCUCAAUUUGUAUAGCAUCUAUCUUCUCCCGGAGUGAUGAUAUUCCUGUUUUCUCAAUUCGUAUAGCAGCUACCUUCGCUGGGAGAGAUGAUAUUCCUGUUUCCUCAAUUUCGUGUGCUAUCUUCUCAAGGAGAGAUGAUAUUCCUGUUUCCUCAAUUUGUGUAGCAGCUAUCUUCUCAGGGAGAGAUGAUAUUCCUGUUACCUCAAUUUGUAUAGCAGCUAUCUUCUCAGGGAGAGAUUAUCUUCCUGAUUCCUCAAUAUCGUCAGCUAUCUUCUCAAGGAGAGAUGAUAUUCAUGUUUCCUCAAUUUGUAUAGCAGCUAUCUUCUUAGGAAGUGAUGAUAUUCCUGUUUCCUCAAUUUGUAUAGCAGCUAUCUUCUCAGGCAGAGAAGAUAUUCCUGUUACCUCAAUUUGUAUAGCAGCUAUCUUCACAGGGAGAAAUUAUCUUCCUGUUUCCUCAAUUUGUAUAGCAGCUAUCUUCUCAGGGAGAGACGAUAUUCCUGUUUCCUCAAUUUCGUCAGCUAUCUUCUCGUUGAGAGAUGAUAUUCCUGUUUUCUCAAUUCGUAUAGCAGCUAUCUUCUCCGGGAGAGAUGAUAUUCCUUGUAGCAGAUUCUUUUCUCAAUACUAUCUUCUCCAGGGGAGAGAUGAUAUUCCUGUUUCCUCAAUUCGUAUCGCAGCUAUCUUCUCCGGGAGAGAUGAUAUUCCUAUUCUUCUCCGAGAGAGAGAUGAUAUUCCUGUUUUCUCAAUUAGUAUAGCAGCUAUCUUCUCCGGGAGAGAUGAUAUUCCUGUUUUCUCAAUUCGUAUAGCAGCUAUCUUCUCCGGGAGAGAUGAUAUUCCUAAAGCUAUCUUCUCAGGGAGAGAUGAUAUUCCUUUUUCCUCAAUUCGUUUAGCAGCUAUCUUCUCAGGGAAUGAUAUUCUUAUUUCCUCAAUUUGUAUACAAGCUAUCUUCUUGGGGAGUGAUGAUAUUGCUGUUUCCUCAAUUUGUAUAGCAGCUAUCUUGUCAGGGAGAGAUGAUAUUCCUUUUUUUUUCACAAUUCGUAUAGCAGCUAUCUUCUCAGGGAGUGAUGAUCUUCCUGUUUCCUCAAUUUGUAUAGCAGCUAUCUUCUCAGGGAGAGAUGAUAUUCCUGUUUCCUCAUUUCGUAGCAGCUAUCUUCUCAAUAGAGAUGAUCUUCCUGUUUCCUCAAUUCCUAUCUUCUCAGGGAGGAGAGAUGACAUCUUCUUUUUCCUCAAUUCGUAUAGCAGCUAUCUUCUCAGGGAGAUGAUGAUGUUCCUCAAUUUCCUCUUGUCAGGAGAGAUGAUAUUCCUAAUUCGAAGCAGCUAUCUUCUCUGGGAGUAUGAUAUUCUUUUUCUCAAUUUCAGCUAUCUUCUCAGGAGAGAUGAUAUUUCUUUUUUCCACAUCUUCUGUAUAGAGAGCAAUUCGUAUAGCAGCUAUCAUCUCAGGAGAGAUGAUAUUCCUGUUUUCUCAAUUCAUAUAGCAGCUAUCUUCUCCGGAGAGACGAUAUUCCUUUCUUUUUCUCAAUUCAUUAUAGCAGCUAUCUUCUUCGGGAGAGAUGAUAUUCCUGUUUUCUCAAUUCGUAUAGCAGCUAUCUUCUCCUCAAUUCGUUUGAGAGAUGAUAUUCCUCAGCUAUCUUCUCAGGGAGAGAUGACAUUCCUUUUUUCCUCAAUUCGUAUAGCAGCUAUCUUCUCAGGCAGUGAUAUUCUUGUUUCCUCAAUUUGUAUAGCAUCUAUCUUCUUAGGGAGUGAUGAUAUUCCUGUUUCCUCAAUUUGUAUAGCAGCUAUCUUCUCCGGGAGAGAUGAUAUUCCUCAGCUAUCUUCUCAGGGAGAGAUGAUAUUCCUUUUUUCCACAAUUCGUAUAGCAGCUAUCUUCUCAAGGAGAGAUGAUCUUCCUGUUUCCUCAAUUCGUAUAGCAGCUAUCUUCUCAGGGAGUGAUGAUAUUCCUGUUUCCUCAAUUUGUAUAGCAGCUAUCUUCUUAGUGAGAGAUGAUAUUCCUAUUUCCUCAAUUUCGUUUAGCAGCUAUCUUCUCAGGGAGAGAUGA